AGCAGCUUCCGGUAGAGUCAAGGUACUAUCAGUAAACAUGGCGGAGGACCUGCUCGAAACAGUGGACAGGCUCCAGUCCCGGCUCCAGGAGAACCAAGAGCCCCGAAAGUUGGUAAAGGCUCUCAGAAGACUGGGGGAGCUUCCUAUGACUGUCGAAAUCCUGGUGGAAACCGGAGUGGGCAAAGCAGUGAAUUCUUUGAGGAAACAUGACAUAGUUGGAGAGUUGGCCAAAAACCUUGUGGCUAAAUGGAAGAAACUGGUUCCUCAGUCUUCAGACAGACCCUCCAACAGUCACCACCCCAAACCCCAGUCCCACAGAGUUGAAGAACGGGGGCACAAACGAGUCCGGGAACCCUCUCCUGAACCCUCUCCUGAACCCUCUCCUGAACCCUCUCCUGAACCUUCUCCUGAACCCUCUCCUGAACCCUCUCCUGAACCUUCGUACCACCGAGACGACCAUGAGGAAGAGGAGGAGAGCUACAACCCAAACUACUCUCCUCAAUACAGCUCUCCACAAAGAAAUAGUUACCAGUCUGAUGAGUAUGACAGCCCACAGCCAGAGCCCAGCCCUCCACCUGCACCCCCACCUCCUAGAAAAGACCCAAAACAGAGCAGCAAACCCAGCAAAGAAAUCCACAAAAACCACCACCAGAACCGGAACAGAACAGAGGAGCGCCACCCCGGCAGCAGUGACCGUAGAGAAGGGAAGAAAAGAGAGAUGGAGAGGUGGGAGAGCCACCAUAGUCCAGAACAGAAGGCAUUAAAACACAAGAAACCCUCUCAGGAGGCCAAGAGGGAGGACAAGAAGAGCAAAGGAGACAAUGUCCGAACAAAAGCUCCAAAGGACUCUCCCACAAACGAAGAUGAGGUGUAUGAGACUCCGACCAUGUCUUUUGAAUCUUUCCUCACGUACGACGCUCCCAGUUCAAUCAAAAAGAAGAAAAAGCCUCCUCCCUCCUCUGUCUCAGUCUCCUCUCACAGCCGAUCGGUCCACUCUUCCUCCUCCUCAUCUUCCUCACGACCUUCGGCCCCUUCAUCAUCACAGUCAUCAUCCUCAUCGUCUAAAGUGAGCAAAUCCAACGGCAGCAGUAAACGAACUCACUCAAGCUCCAAGUCCAGUUCGAGUUCAGGACCAGUCCCAGAAAAACGCAAAAAGGUGAUUGAGCCUGUCCCAGUUCUCCCCGACAUCCCUCUUCCUGCAAUUCAGCCGAACUACAGACCCCUGCCCUCCAUCGAUGUCACACCACUGCCCCCCCUGAGACGGAAAGUUGCUGUUUGUACUGACGAGGAGGAUGCCGGCUUCACAGGGAAAAGGUUAAACUCCAAAAUGGUGGUUUUCUCUGGCUCCAAAUCCUCAUAUUUGCCUCGAAUGAUGACACUUUAUGAGCAGUGCAUCCGAGUGCUGCAGAACAAUAUUGACUCUAUUGCUGAGGUGGGAGGAGUUCCAUUUGAAAUCUUGGAGCCUGUUUUGGAGCGGUGCACCCCUGAGCAGCUGUACCGCAUUGAACAGAGCAACCAGUGGUUCACGGAGGAUUCGGACGAGCUGUGGAUGCGUCACUGUCGGAGGGAUUUCAAACGGGAGCAGCCGCAGGAGUACGAGUCCUGGAGAGAAAUGUACCUGAGACUCCACGAUGAGAGGGAGGAGCGGCUCAAGAUGUUAACACAAAACAUCUCCUCUGCCCACGCCAACAAGCCCAAAGGUCGACAGGUUAAAAUGGCUUUUGUAAAUUCAGUUGCCAAACCCCCACGUGAUGUUCGCCGGCGACAAGAAAAAUUUGGUACUUUAAGUGGCUCGUCUGCCUCUUCCACAGCAGCAGCCCCCAUCAAAAUUCGUCCGGUGUUCACAGCAGCUCAGUCUGACUCCAGUGGUCCCUCAUCCUCCUCCCUCAGCUCCUCCUCCUCCCGACCCUCUGCCCUGAGCGGAGGGUCCUCUGCAGCUGCCCGGGACAAACCACAAGUCAAAAAAAUCGCCCCCAUGAUGGCUAAAACUAUCAAAGCCUUCAAGAAUCGAUUCUCCCGUCGGUAGUGUGAACAGACUGCCUGUAGUUUCUCAAAUUACAACUAACUAACGUGUUUUUAAUUUAUCUCAUUUAGCAGUGACAUUUGCACACUCGGAGAACAUUGUGUCUAUCCAUCGUCAGCAUAUGAACUUAUUGGUGGAGAAGUCAUUUUGUUCUUUUAAAUGGUUGAGAUUCUGUUUAGGGGGAAGUAUGAUGGUUCAAACUGUGAUGAACUUUGUCACGCUGUUUUACAUAAGUCCGAUAAGACAUAAGGCAAAGAUAUUUUAUUAUAUUUUCUCUUUGGGAAACAUACUUGUAUUCCCCUUUUGAAGGACUCAUUUUAUGGCAUUUUUCCAUGUUUGGUUUUAAGUGUACCAUUUGAUUCACUACAUAAGGAACAACUAUAGGAACUUUUCCCACUUAUAAAGCUGUCCAGUUUUAACUCCUUGUUCAAAACCGUGUUUUGGGUUGUUUUUUUUUUUUUUUUUAAACAAACUUAAUUUAUUUUUUAAUUUAUAAGCAGACUACACACUGCAGUUGUCUUGUCAUUUAGUGGAGUGUGUCUCGUUAAUUAUACACUUUUUCAAAAGAACAACAAAACAUCCACAGAUAAAUGGACUGUGUUUAUUUUAAGGGGAUCUGUAAGAGCGCCACUCUGGCCCAACGUUAAGUAGGUUAAAAAUUUGGAAUUUAUUAGAUUUUAAUAAAUGUUAAAUGGUAAUUUUUAUUAAAAAUUGACUUUUGCCCUGAAA